UCAUGGAUCGGCCGCUCGGCGCCUCCUCUCCGGUUGGAUGUGGCAGCGGUGCGCGGUGAUGCUGUGACGCACAGCGACACUUUAUGUGAUCAACGCAGGAGUUUCAUAUCUGGUAUACUGGGCCAGUCAGCAGCAGGAUCAGGAUGAGAAGAUGGCUGGCUGUGUGUUUCCAAUGGGACCAGAGAGCUUUCAGCGCUUCACGCCGGACUCCCUGGCGGCCAUCGAGCAGCGCAUCGCCCAGGAGGAGGCCCGACGCAGCAAACAGUACCAGGAGGACCUGGGCGACGUGGAGCUCCUCCGGCGUCGGCCCGACUUGGAGGCGGGAAAACAGCUGCCACGCAUCUUCGCCGACAUCCCCUCUCAUCUGGUGGGCGUUCCUCUGGAGGACAUCGACCCAUACUACUUCAAAGAUCAGAGGACCUUCAUAGUCCUGAACAAAGGGAAGGCCAUCUUCCGCUUCAGUGCCACAUCGGCCCUCUACAUCUUCAGCCCGUUUCACCCCAUCCGCAGAGUCGCCAUCAAGAUCCUGGUUCACUCGCUCACAUUGUUCAGUCUGUUCAUCAUGUGCACCAUCCUGACCAACUGCUGCUUCAUGGCCAUGUCGGAACCGGCGUACUGGGCUAAAUACCUGGAAUACACCUUCACAGGUAUCUACACCUUCGAGUCGCUCAUAAAGAUCCUGGCGCGAGGGUUCUGUGUGGGACCCUUCACCUUCCUCAGGGACCCGUGGAACUGGCUGGACUUCAGCGUCAUCGUCAUGGCAUAUGUGACUGAGUUUGUGGACCUCGGUAAUGUGUCGGCGUUACGGACGUUCAGGGUGCUGCGAGCGCUCAAAACCAUCUCGGUCAUCCCAGGCCUGAAGACCAUCGUGGGUGCCCUGAUCCAGUCUGUGAAAAAGCUGGCGGAUGUGAUGAUCCUCACCGUCUUCUGCUUGAGCGUCUUCGCCCUCAUCGGCCUGCAGCUCUUCAUGGGGAACCUCCGGCAGAAGUGCGUCCGCAGCACGGCGCACUGCAUCAACAGCUCAUUUCCCGCCAACGCCUCCUUCUUCUGCAACAACAAGACCUGGAGCUCCAUCAAGGACUUCAUCCAGGACGAAGAAAACUUCUACAAGGUGGAGGGAGCCAAGGACGCCUUAAUCUGUGGGUACAGCAACGACGCAGGGAAGUGUCCCGAUGGCUUUGUGUGUCUGAAGGCGGGAAGAAACCCGAACUACGGCUACACCAGCUUCGACACCUUCGGCUGGGCCUUCCUGUCCCUGUUCCGCCUCAUGACGCAGGACUACUGGGAGAACCUGUACCACCAGACGCUGCGCUCGGCCGGGAAGGCCUACAUGGUGUUCUUCGUGGUGGUGAUCUUCCUGGGCUCCUUCUAUCUGGUCAACCUGAUCCUAGCCGUGGUGGCCAUGGCGUACGAGGAGCAGAACCAGGCCACCAUCGCCGAGGCCUGUCAGAAGGAGAAAGAGUUCCAGCUGGCCAUGGAGAGGCUGAAGAGGGAGCAGCAGUUCGCCGCUCAGAAAACUCUCGACUCCGACUCCAUGAUGUCACCAGACCUUUCACCUUUUGGCCCGCCAUUGGACAUUAUGGAGGAGCGGAGGCGGAGCCAAGCGCUGGUGGGCGUGGCUGAUGUGGAGGCCAACCUGUCGGAGGAGAAGCUGCUGCAGGUGGACGUCACAGACUGUGGGAGGCCCCUCCACCCGCUCCUUGCCCGCUCAUUUUCCUCCAGGACACGGCGCAGCAGUCAGGUCUCCUCCAUCUUUAACUUCCGUCUGAGGAGCCGGGGGUCAGAGGGAGAGAUGGCCGAUGAUGAGUACAGUGUCCCGGGUGAUGUGAUGGAGGGAGUGGGGGGCCGGACCUACAGCGGGGGCACUUUCAGUGGCAUUCUGCCCCACCCGUGGCCCAAACGACGGCCGAGCACCUACAGCACAGCCAGCCGGAGCUCCCAGGUGUUUUAUCCCACACUCAACGUCAACGGGAAGCUCUUCGUUACCAUGGACCAGAAUGGGGUCUCCCCACCGCCGCUGCAGGGGCAGCUGCCUGCCUGCACCAUGGAGAAGGUCAAGGAGGAGAGUGUGCCGACGUCCACCACGGAGCUCAGCACCAUGCUGCUGCCCCGGCCUUCGUCCGCUCAGGGAUCAGAGCGACGAGAACGUGCGCUGAGCGCCGCCAGCUACCUCACAGACGCCAUGGAGGAGCUGGAGGAGUCCCAUAAGAAGUGCCACCCCUGCUGGUACGUCUUUGCCCACCGGUACCUGGUGUGGGAGUGCUGCCCCUGCUGGCUGAGGGUGAAGCAGCUGGUGAAGAUCAUGGUGAUGGACCCCUUCCUGGACCUGGCCAUCACCGUGUGCAUCGUCCUCAACACGCUCUUCAUGGCCAUGGAGCACUACCCCAUGACCGACGAGUUCAACGGAAUGCUCAGCAUCGGGAACCUGGUGUUCUCGGGGAUCUUCACAGCGGAGAUGGUGCUGAAGAUCAUCGCCCUGGACCCGUAUUAUUACUUCCAGACAGGCUGGAACAUCUUCGACAGCAUCAUCGUGUGUCUGAGCCUGAUGGAGCUCGGCCUGUCGGACGUGGAGGGGCUCAGCGUGCUGCGCUCCUUCAGACUGCUCCGAGUCUUCAAGCUGGCUCGCUCAUGGCCGACCCUCAACACCCUCAUCAAGAUCAUCGGGAACUCCAUGGGCGCCCUGGGAAACCUGACGCUCGUCCUCGCCAUCAUCGUCUUCAUCUUCGCCGUGGUGGGCAUGCAGCUGUUCGGGAAGAACUACCAGGACUGUGUGUGUAAGAUCUCCAAGGACUGCGUCCUGCCUCGGUGGCACAUGAAGGACUUCUUCCACUCCUUCCUCAUCGUGUUCAGGGUGCUGUGCGGCGAGUGGAUCGAGACCAUGUGGGACUGCAUGGAGGUGGCCGGUCAGCCGCUCUGCAUCCUGGUCUUCAUGCUGGUCAUGGUCAUCGGAAACCUGGUGCUGUUGAACCUCUUCCUGGCUCUCCUCCUCAGCAGUUUCAGCUCUGACAAUCUCUCGGCUCCAGAUGACGACGGUGAGAUGAACAACUUGCAGAUCGCCAUCCACAGAAUCACCCGAGGCCUGGGCUGGUGCCGCAGACAGGUGGUGGAUUUUUUUAAUGGGAACUUGAAGCGUCGCCGUCAGAAAAGAAAAGAGGCCAAAGCCAUGAUGAAGCUGAAACGACUGAGUACCAUCCACACAGAGGCCAACGGAGCCGUCAUAGGCCGUCACGUGGAGAAAUACGUGGUGCCUGAGGACGACAGCUACAUGACCAACCCCAACCUGACCAUCAGCGUCCCCAUCGCCCCCGGAGAGUCCGACGUGGAGUUCCCCGAGGAGGAGGAGGAGGAGGAAGAGGGGGAGGAGGAGCAGAGCGAGGGCUCUGAGGGAGAAGACGAGGAGCAGGAGGAGGAGCAGAAAGACGAUAUCAGCCUGUCAGAGGGCAGCACGGUGGACCUGAGGAAGCCUGGCGAGGAGGAGGACGAGUACUCGGAGAUGGCCGAAGAGGCCAUGGACCCGGACAACUGCUUCCCAGACGUCUGCACCACGAGGUUUCAGUGCUGCGACAUCGACACGACGGCCGGCCCGGGGCAGAUAUGGUGGAGGAUGAGGAAGACCUGCUAUCAGAUCGUGGAGCACAGCUGGUUCGAGACCUUCAUCAUCUUCAUGAUCCUGCUCAGCUCCGGAGCGCUGGCCUUUGAGGACAUCUACAUCGAGCAGAAGCCGGUGGUGAAGGUGGUGCUGGAGUUUGCCGAUAAGAUCUUCACCUACGUGUUCAUCCUGGAGAUGCUGCUGAAGUGGCUUGCUUACGGCUUCAAGAAGUACUUCACCAACUACUGGUGCUGGCUCGACUUCCUCAUCGUGGACGUGUCUCUCGUCAGUCUGGUGGCCAACACGUUGGGUUACUCAGACUUUGCAGCCAUAAAGUCCCUGCGAACCCUGCGAGCGCUGCGACCCCUCAGAGCUCUGUCCAGAUUUGAAGGCAUGAGGGUAGUGGUGAACGCUCUGAUCGGGGCCAUCCCCUCCAUCAUGAACGUUCUCCUGGUCUGUCUCAUCUUCUGGUUGAUCUUCAGCAUCAUGGGCGUCAACCUGUUUGCGGGGAAGUUUGGCCGAUGCAUCAACCGCACGGGUCACAUAUAUGAUGCGAGCUUCAUCAACAACAAGAGUGAGUGUGUGGCACUCAACGACACUUCGCUCUUCUACUGGACCAAGGUCAAGGUCAACUUCGACAACGUGGGUGCCGGAUACCUGGCUCUGCUGCAAGUGGCAACCUUCAAAGGCUGGAUGGACAUCAUGUACGCAGCGGUGGACUCCCGAGCUGUGGAGGAGCAGCCCAUCAAAGAGAUUAAUCUCUACAUGUACCUGUACUUCGUCAUCUUCAUCAUAUUCGGCUCCUUCUUCACCCUCAACCUCUUCAUCGGCGUCAUCAUCGACAACUUCAACCAGCAGAAGAGAAAGUUAGGAGGACAGGACAUCUUCAUGACGGAGGAGCAAAAGAAGUACUACAACGCCAUGAAGAAGCUGGGCUCCAAGAAACCCCAGAAACCCAUCCCCAGACCGCUGAACCCUCUGCAGGGCUUUUUCUUCGACCUGGUGGGGAAGCAGGCCUUCGACAUCAUCAUCAUGGUGCUGAUCCUGCUCAACAUGAUCACCAUGAUGGUGGAGACGGACGAGCAGUCGCCCCAGAUGGAGUACAUCCUCAACAACAUCAACCUGGCCUUCAUCGUGGUCUUCACCGCAGAGUGCCUCAUCAAGAUCAUGGCGCUCCGCUGCUACUUCUUCACCGUGGGCUGGAACAUCUUCGACUUCGUAGUCGUCAUCCUCUCCAUCGUCGGGAUCGUGCUCGCUGACAUCAUUGAGAAGUACUUUGUUUCGCCCACGCUCUUCCGAGUGAUCCGAUUGGCUCGCAUUGGACGUAUUCUGCGUCUCAUCAGGGGCGCCAAGGGCAUCCGGACGUUACUGUUUGCCCUCAUGAUGUCCCUCCCGGCCCUCUUCAACAUCGGACUCCUCCUGUUCCUCGUCAUGUUCAUCUACGCCAUAUUCGGCAUGGCGAACUUCGCCUACGUGAAGCGCCAGGCGGGGAUCGACGACAUGUUCAACUUCGAGACGUUCGGGAACAGCAUGAUCUGCCUGUUCCAGAUCACCACCUCGGCCGGGUGGGACAGCCUGCUCAGCCCCAUCCUCAACAACUCCCCCGAGGAGUGUAACCCCAACAUCCCGCACACCGGCACCACCGUCAGGGGCAACUGCGGGAACCCGUCGGUGGGCAUCACCUUCUUCGUCACCUACAUCAUCAUCUCCUUCCUCAUCGUGGUCAACAUGUACAUCGCCAUCAUUCUGGAGAACUUCAGCGUGGCCACGGAGGAGAGCACCGAGCCGCUAAGCGAGGACGACUUCGAGAUGUUCUACGAGGUGUGGGAGAAGUUUGACCCCGAGGCCACGCAGUUCAUCGAGUACGCCAAACUGUCCGACUUCGCCGACUCGCUGCUGGAGCCGCUGCGUAUCGCCAAGCCCAACAAGAUCAAACUGAUAUCCAUGGACCUGCCAAUGGUCAGCGGCGACAAAAUCCACUGCCUGGACAUCCUCUUCGCCUUCACCAAGCGCGUCCUGGGCGAGUCGGGCGAGAUGGACGCCCUCAAGCAGCAGAUGGAGGAGAAGUUCAUGAUGGCCAACCCGUCCAAGAUCUCCUACGAGCCCAUCACCACCACUCUGAGGCGCAAACAGGAGGAGGUCUCCGCCACCGUCAUCCAGAGGUGCUACCGGAGACACCUGGUGAGGCGGCAGAUGAAGGCUGCCUCCUACAUGUACCGCCAGAUCACCACGCCCAGACACGUCACGAGCGACGCUGAGGAGGGCGGCGAAGGCGGCGGGGAGCCCGUAUUUGGCGAGGGCGCUCCAGAGAAAGAAGGCCUGAUCGCCGCCAUGAUGAGGGAGAACUACGGCUCCAGCCUUCUGGGGAUGGAGCGCUCGGAAACUAUUUCCUCCACCUCGUCCCCGCCCUCCUACGACAGCGUGACGCGAGCCACGUCGGAGGUCUUUCACCCGCUCGCCGCCAAGACGGAAACGGCCAAUGACACUGCCGGCAGCGAGCUGAGUGAACAGUUACAGUCCGCGGCCGAUAAAAUUGACGAAGAGGCGGUUCCGUAGUACUGAAACACAGAGGAGCCAAUGAGGACUUUCUCGUUUGGGAUUGAGCUUGUUUGAUCAGCGUUCACUGAAUGUACCAUAGCUGAGGAGCACCAGGGCGGCGGCAGGAAGAAGCUAUGAAGAACUCCGGAGCAAACAAAUCCACAUAUUUACUACCUUUAAUGUUAAUCUCUGUUUCCUGUGGAGACUCCAGGAGACUCCAGGCUGCCUCUCCGAGCCCAGAGUCUGAAACAGAGACUGACCUCAGACCUCGGAUGCAGACAGGAGACUAUAUCACAGAUGUAUCCAUCAUUUAUUGGCUGGGGGGGGCUUCGUGCCUUCCCAUCAUCGAUCAAUAAUCUCAGAGUAUGCUUGGCUGUAAAGCGGGAUUCGCGGUGGCGCUUCGAGACUCCAGAGAGGAGGGCGAAUAAUGACAUUUCAAACUAAAAUAAGAAAAAAGAUGUUUUCGUAGUCAAAGUAUAACGUUGUUGAUGUUACCAGUCUUUUAAUAGCGGUACAAUUAUUACUAUUUUUUAUAUUUUUUAGAGUAAGUUGAAGAAAAAACUUUAAGCGGUCUCUCUCUCUCUCUCUCUCUCUCUCUCUCUUGACCUUCGGAGCGGCGCGAGCUUUGAGAAAGUGGCUGAACGACCACGUGACAGACCAGACGAUAGGAUGCAGUUAGCAAAAAGAAGAACCCUGAAAAGUGUGACUUCUAAUGUUUUGUUUUGUUUUUUUGUUUUUUUUAAUUAUUAUUAUUUUUCUUUUUUUGCACUUUUGAGUUUACACGUGCCGUCACUUUACGUCCCGGACCGGAAACACGUCAAGAGCUUCAGGACGCUUCUAUAUUUUUUUUUUUCCUUCUGAGAAACUUUACGAUAACACCAAAAACCUAAACAAGUGCACAAUGAGAUUUUCUACGGCGUCCCGAAGUCUUGGAACGUCUGUUUUCGCUCCGGGUGCUGAUCGUCGUGGCGUCAGUCAGUUUGUUGGUCAACGGGUGAUUUGUCAAAAAGGUUCCAACCAGACUAAACAUAAAGUUCUGCUGCAUCAGAACAUUCGGACAUUUUAAAACUCCCUCUAAUUCAGUUCCAAGUUUGAAAGUAAAGAGACCGUUAACAUCUGUUACUGGUGGAACUGAAAGUGACAUAUCGGUCGAGCUGUUCCCCACCAGCAGAGGGUGCUGCCAUGUGGUCACUGUAAAGCCAGAAAACCCAAAUAUUCACCAACUGAACACGGUUUUGAACUUAUUCUUUAUCUUCCAACAAAAAUGACAAUAGUAUUGUUCUAUUUUACUGCAUUGGAUGCUAAUCAUGUGAUUAGAGUUUCCUGAACCAGUUCUGGUCCAAACCUCUGCAUUAAAGACCUUCAGGUUGUAGCUGAAGCUGGAGAACCUAAAGUUUCUUGGUACUUGACUCACACAGCUUUCUGCUGUGCUCUAAUAGCACCAUGCAAUAUUUGCCCGUACCAUAUUUUUGUAUUUAUGGCCAACUUCUUUCAGUUUUCUUUAAUUCCAAUGUGUCAAUAUAGAUUUGGUUUGAGGAUGAAAUGUUGAGUUUGGUUUAAAAAAAAAAAAAAAGAACAGUGCGAUUCAACCAGCAAUAAGUCAAACAGUGGGAACCAGAAUGCCUCGAUGUGUUUGGUUUUCACUGAAUCACCAGAGAAGUGUGUGCAGGACAUCCCUCCAGUGUGGACUCUUGGACAGAUCACCCGCUGAACCCUCCGUCGGCUCCGGAGUCAGAUCGGAGUGUGACAAUCAGCUCAGCACGUCAGCGCCGAGGUUUCAUCCCGUUUCCCACCGCAGAAACCGAGAGAGCUGGUCGAACCACUGGGUGUUUGACUUUUCUUUAGGGUGUCACUAAAACCUUCGGAAUGCAUGUGGAGACUGGAGGGUCGAGCCAAACCACCAACAAGGGUCUGGAUUUGGUCCAAUUUCACAUUUGUUCUAGACUUGGUUUCCAGACUUUGACUGGUUCUGAAUGAGUUGACCACCAGUCGGACUGGUUUUGAUCUGGUUCAGACUACUUUCAGACCUGCUUUCGGCCUGUUUUGGGUUUGUGAAACCACUUUAGACUAUUAUUCUACUUUUAAAUUAAUUUCAGAUUCGUGUCAAACUGGUUUCCGACCAGUUUAGAACUUGUCCUGUUUUUAACUUGGUCGCUCUUUCA